CUCCCGGUCCUGUCGAUGAGGAUUUUUAGACCGUGGAAACUGCGCUGCCCUGCCCUACACCUGCCCUCGCUCUCCGUGUUCUCGCUCAAGUGGAGCCUGCCCUCCUUUGCCACUGACGAGACCAUGUGUAAAAGCGUGACUACAGGUGAAUGGAAGAAAGUCUUCUAUGAGAAGAUGGAGGAGGCCAAGCCGGCCGACAGCUGGGACCUCAUCAUAGAUCCCAACCUCAAGCACAACGUGCUGGCCCCUGGCUGGAAGCAGUACCUGGAAUUGCAUGCCUCGGGCAGGUUCCACUGCUCCUGGUGCUGGCACACCUGGCAGUCGCCACACGUGGUCAUCCUCUUCCACAUGUACCUGGACCGCGAGCAGCGGGCGGGCUCGGUGCGCAUGCGCGUCUUCAAGCAGCUGUGCUACGAGUGCGGCACGGCGCGGCUGGACGAGUCGAGCAUGCUGGAGGAGAACAUCGAGAGCCUGGUGGACAACCUCAUCACCAGCCUGCGCGAGCAGUGCUACGGGGAGCCCGGUGGCCAGUACCGCAUCCACGUGGCCAGCCGCCAGGACACCCGGCGGCACCGCGGCGAGUUCUGCGAGGCCUGCCAGGAGGGCAUCGUGCACUGGAAGCCCAGCGAGAAGCUGCUGGAGGAAGAGGCCACCACCUACACCUUCUCGCGGGCGCCCAGCCCCACCAAGCCACAGGCGGAGGCGGGUUCUGGCUGCAACUUCUGCUCGAUACCCUGGUGCUUGUUUUGGGCCACGGUCCUGCUGCUGAUCAUCUACCUGCAGUUCUCCUUCCGCAGCUCUGUCUAA